AUGCACGCCAUCCUGCGCGUGCACUCCUACGGCCCAAGCAAGUCGUUCUGCCACAAGAGGCUCAACCUCACGGAGCAGAAAUUUUCGCUGCACGUCAUGCUCAACGCGGACAGGGAGUUUAUGGCGCAGAAGGAGGCGCCGCACCGCGAUUUCUACAACGUUCGUAAGGUGGACACCCACGUGCACCACAGCGCGUGCAUGAACCAGAAGCACCUGCUGCGUUUCAUCAAGGCGAAGCUGAAGCGCGAGCCGCACGAGCAGGUCAUCUAUCGCGACGGCAAAUUUCUCAACCUUCGCGAGGUUUUCGAGUCUAUCAACCUGAGCUCCUACGACCUCAACGUCGACACGCUGGACAUGCACGCGGACAAGAACACGUUCCACAGGUUCGACAGGUUUAACCUCAAGUACAACCCGUGCGGACAGUCCCGGCUCCGCGAGGUUUUCAUCAAGCAGGAUAACCUGAUCCGAGGGCGGUUCCUGGCCGAGGUGACGAAGGAGGUCAUCUCCGAUCUCGAGGCGGCGAAGUAUCAGAUGGCCGAGUACCGCAUAUCCAUCUACGGCCGCCGCGCCGCGGAGUGGGACACGCUCGCGUCGUGGGUCCUCAACAACCGGAUCUUCAGCAACAACGUCGUCUGGCUCAUCCAGCUCCCGCGCCUGUACAACAUCUACCGCGGCCAAGGCACGGUGCAGAACUUUCAGCAGAUGCUCGACAACAUCUUCCAGCCCCUCUUCGAGGUCACCGUCGACCCGUCGUCGCACCCGGCGUUGCACCACUUUUUGCAGCUCGUCGUGGGCUUCGACAUGGUGGACGACGAGUCAAAACCCGAGCGAAGGCCGUCUAAGCACAUGCGAACGCCGGAGGAAUGGGACGUGCCCCACAACCCAGCCUUUGCGUAUUACGCCUAUUACGUCUACGCGAAUUUGUACACCCUGAACAAGCUUCGGGAGAGCAAGGGGCUGAACACCAUAUCGUUCCGGCCGCACGCGGGGGAGGCUGGCGACAUCGACCACCUCGCCGCGGCGUUUUUGCUCACCAAGAACAUCGCGCACGGCAUCAACCUGCGAAAAUCGCCGGUGCUGCAGUACCUCUACUACCUGGAGCAAAUCGGCCUGAACAUGUCGCCGCUGUCGAACAACUCGCUCUUCCUCGACUACCACCGCAACCCCUUCCCGGUGUACUUUGCGCGAGGGCUGCGGGUCACGCUGAGCACCGACGACCCCCUGCAGAUUCACAUGACGAAAGAACCGCUCGUGGAGGAGUACUCGGUGGCGGCGAGCGUGUGGAAGCUCAGCGCCGCGGACCUGUGCGAGAUUGCGAGAAACUCGGUGCUCAACUCUGACUUUCCCCACGAGGACAAGCAGCACUGGGUCAGCGACACGUACUGGCUCCCGGGGCCCUCGGGGAACGACAUGAAGAAGACGAACGUUCCGAACAUCAGGGUGCAGUUUCGCAACGACGUCCUCGCCGCGGAGAGGGCGCUCGUCGCCGCGGGGGUGGCGCAGGCCACCGCGAAGGGACGCGCGCUCCACGUGUCUUAA